CCCCUUGCGGGGCUGAUGGGCUGAUGCUGCGGGUCCGAGUGUGGGUCGGGAGGGAGCGCGGCUCCGGGAUUAGGAUGGGAAGGACUCACGCCCGCCGGAUCGCCUAGGGGUUUAUAAGCGGCUGCGUGCGCGCUUUUUCCACGCAGGUCAGCGCGCAGUCGGACUCGGAGAGGUGGAAAAUGCGACGGGAAGGAGCUUGGAGAGCAAGGGUUGUGAUUGAAACGGUCGGGAGUGUUUUCCUCCUGACAGCUGCAGCGCUGCUGGACUGACGGACAUCAGCAGGAGGCGGACUGGCCAGCCGUGCAGCGCUGCACCCCGACUCUGCAGGUCUCCAUCUGUGUGUCUGAGGGCCCACGAUGAGGAGGCUUGACUGGAGAGUUUCCUGCUGACAUCUCAGAUCCACAGAUAUCUGCAUCUUUUUUUUUUCUGGUUGAGAUUGUUCCCUGCGUGAGCCGUCGUCAUGGCUAGCCUGGUCAUCAAUGAAACGGGAAUGGAGGACUGUGGGAUCGACGACUCCUUCAAGUACAACUUGUACUCGGUGGUUUACAGCGUGGUCUUCGUCCUGGGCCUGCUGACCAACUGCGCCGCCCUCUUCGUGUUCUGCUUCCGGAUGAAGCUGCGCAACGAGACCACCAUGUUUAUGACUAACUUAGCGUUUUCUGACUUAGUGUUUGUGUUCACGCUGCCGUUCAAGGUCUUUUACAACGUGAACCGUCACUGGCCUUUCGGAGACGGGCUGUGUAAGGUCUCGGGCACGGCCUUCAUCACCAACAUCUACGGCAGCAUGCUCUUCCUCACCUGCAUCAGCGUGGACCGCUUCUUGGCUAUAGUGUACCCGUUCCGCUCGCGCUCCAUCCGCACGCGCAGGAACGCGGCGCUGGUGUGUGCCGCGGUCUGGCUGACCAUCGUGGGCGGAGGGAUAUCCGUGACCUUCUUCUCCACCAUCAACAGCAGACACAGAGCCACCACAUGCUUCGAGGGCUUCUCCAAGAGCACCUGGAAGACCUACCUGUCCAAGAUCACCAUCUUCAUCGAGAUUGUGGGUUUUCUCCUCCCUCUCUUGGCCAACUUGGUUUGCUCCUCGCUGGUUCUGCGGACGCUCCGUCGCCCGGUGGCCGUCGGUCAUGGCUGUGACAGCAAGAAGCGUGUUUUACGAAUGAUUCUGGUCCAUCUCGCCAUCUUCAUCAUCUGCUUCGUCCCUUACAACUCCAUCCUCUUCGUGUAUGCACUGGUGCGGACCCGGGCGCUGGCUAACUGCGCCGUGGAGCGCUUCGCCCGGACGCUUUACCCCAUCACCCUGUGCCUGGCCACUCUGAACUGCUGCCUGGACCCCGUGGUCUACUACUUCACCUCGGAGAGCUUCCAGAAGAGCCUGACCAAGGGGGGCAAAGGGCCCGGCUCCCGCCCUGAGAGCACCCCCCGCAGCGACGCCGAGACUCAGGACACGGCGGUCGCACAGCCCAGGGACACCCAGGCGCUGGCCAGCAAUGGAAAAGAGACAGUGAUAUCUGACAGUCAGCUGAAGGAAGGCGAUGCCACCAGUACCCGCCUGAGACACAACAUGACGUCAAACACGACCGGAUCGUUGGGGGGGUUCUCAGCCCUCUCCCCGUGCAAUGACAAUUUAACCAGCUGGAAUCAAACCAUGGACAAGAUGUACACGUACUUCUACCUGAUGCUCUUCAUCCCUGGGCUGCUGCUCAACACGACUGCCCUCUGGGUGCUCUGCAGGCACAUCAGCAAAAAGACCAAGGCGGUGAUCUUCAUGAUAAAUCUGGCACUGGCGGACCUGGCGCAGAUCCUGUCUCUGCCCCUCAGGAUCUACUACUACUUCACACACGACUGGCCCUUCGGACAGGGCAUGUGCCUGUUCUGCUUUUACCUCAAAUACCUCAACAUGUACGCCGCCAUAGUGUUUCUGGUGUGCAUCAGCGUGCAGAGGUGUGUCUUCCUGCUCAACCCUUUCUCGGCUCGUCGAUGGCGGCGCCGCUACGACCUGCUGAUCAGCCUGAUCGUUUGGGUGGUGGUCGGUCUGGCCUGCUCCCCUUUCAUCCUGAUGCGGACCAAGAGCAGCGGCGUGUCUCACGUGCCCGUUCCGCAGGUCUUCACCUCCACCCAGCAACCUACGGGCUCCACCGAACCCAUCCCCAUGACCUUCGCCACGAAUUUAAGCAAAAGUGAUCCCGCCAACGGAAGCUGCUUUAAGGACCUGCCCAUGCGUAAAGUGUCCCUCUCUGUAACGGUCACCAUGCUGCUUCUGGGCGAGCUGUUUGGUUUCUUGAUCCCUCUGUUCUGCAUCAGCUACAGCUCCGUCCGCAUCGCCUGGUCCCUGAGGCGAAAACAAAUCCAGGAUAAGCAGAACGACUCGACGCGCAGCCGCCUCCAGUCCAACACGUCCUGCAGUCUCACAGAUAAAUACCAGCAGAAGCAGGUGAACAGGGAGAAGCAGCGGGCGCUGCGGAUGGUGCUGAGCUGCUCCGCUCUGUUCCUCAUCUGCUUCGCCCCGUACCACAUUAACUUCUUGCUCUACCUGAUGGUAUCGCAGGAUGUCGUUUCUGACUGUGCCACCAGGCUGGCUGUGAAACAGUUUCACCCGGUGUCUCUCUGCUUGGCGAGCCUCAGCAGCUGCCUCAACCCUCUUCUCUAUUACUUUCUAACAGCUGAAUUCAGGAUGCACCUGACGAUCCGCACCUCCUCCUUCUCCUCGUCCCACAUACCCUCCCCGAUCAGCUCCCCCACCUCGUGCCCGGCGCAGGGCAGGUUACUGAGGAUGGAGAGCAGCUGCUCAGAGAAGGAGUAGACUUAUUCACCAGAUAAGCUUGUGUUUCCUCGUGGAAAAAGGGAAAGGUGGAAAACCAACCCUGGAUGAUUCUGUUCAACUUGAAAACAGUUCUGAGGAGGAUAAAACUGUUAAAGAUCAAAUCAAAACUGACCUAGAAAGUUUUAACCAGAGUGAGAGAAGUCGUGCGUGAUCAGAUGAUGAACAUGUGUUUCUUGAGCGUGCACAAAAAUGUUGGGGAGUUCUCUUUAAGUCUGUGCGUCUUUGGGUGUCACCGUCUCUGUAAAAUGCCACAGCUUCCAAUAAGCUAUCUCAUAAAAGCUGUAUCUUGAGCUACUGUCAAUAAAAAUGUUCUUCUU